AUGAUUCUCUGGCAACACACAGGCGGCUCCAAUUGGAGUUUUCUAAUUUGGGCAAGGACGGAUCUGAUUUGGUGCAUAUCUGAUUCAGCUUCAAAGCCUUUGGUGCCAUAUAGGACGCCUUUUGCUGGAAGUUCCAAAAUUCAAGGAUGUGCCUUGAGAGGUCGUGAUAAAUCUGUAAUGUCAAAGAACCGUGGUAAUCUAAUUGAGAUGAUUAGUUUGAUGGCAAAGUUGAAUGUUCAGAUAAAUGAUGUUGUCUUAGAGAAAGUUCUAGGAAAUGCAAAUGUUUCUCAUAAGCGUCAUACAGAACUGCGAUCUGCCGAAGCUACUGAGAUUGAAAGGGGGAUAACUAGUGGUGAACGAGAGACUGAUGCAGGGGCUAAUCAGAUGAGUACUUUGCAUCGAGCUGCAACUUCUUUGCUAUUUUUGGAUUUUUCGUUUUCGUUGUAUGGUUAUUUCGUUGGAUUUUCAUCUAAUGGGAUGUUUGUAUUCUCAGUGCUUAACAUUCUAAUAUGUGCCAUUCUUGCUAUUAGUUUUCAACCUUCAGCUGAUGACAUUGAUGCAUUCUUUCCUUUCCUCUUUGUUUAUGGAGUAGGAAAGGAUCAGACUGAAGAGAUACAUGAUGCUAGUGAAGGUUGCAGUAGCCCUGGCAGCAUCAUUAGUUAUUAUAAUAAUGGUGAUGACGACAAUGAUGAAAUUGUUGAUAUUUAUUAUUUAGAUGGUUACGAAGAAGAUGACGAUGAUAAUGGUAGUGACGGCGAGAUUGGAUGGAAUGAUGAUGAUGAAAAAGAAGAAGAAUACGACGAAAAUUUUGAAAGCAGAAUUGAGGAAUUUAUCGCCAAGGUCAUAAAUGGAUGGAGGGAAGAAUUGUUAAUGGAGAAACCCGAAAUAUGGAUGGGUUGA